CAUAAUUUUUGUCUUUGACAGAUUGUGUAUGUCACUGCCACGUUCCCGUAUGUGGUCCUGAUUAUUCUCCUGGUGAGGGGCGUCACUCUUCCUGGUGCUUAUGAUGGGAUCAUGUACUAUGUCAAACCUGACUGGUCUAAGCUAGGAGAGGCACAGGUCUGGAUCGAUGCUGGUACUCAAAUCUUUUUCUCCUACGCUAUCGGGCUCGGAGCCCUCACGGCCCUCGGCAGCUAUAACCGAUUCAACAAUGACUGCUAUAAGGACGCUUUUGUUCUGGCUUUUAUUAAUAGUGGCACCAGUUUCUUUUCUGGUUUCGUGGUCUUCUCCAUCUUAGGUUUCAUGGCGUCUGAACAAGGUGUGGACAUCUCUAAAGUGGCUGAAUCAGGCCCCGGUUUGGCGUUCAUAGCAUACCCUAAAGCCGUUUCUAUGAUGCCCGUGGCUCCGGUGUGGGCUGCCCUAUUCUUUAUCAUGCUGCUACUGCUAGGAAUGGACAGUCAGUUUGUUGGUGUGGAGGGUUUCGUAACUGGAAUUCUUGAUCUUUUCCCUGGAAAGUAUUACAUGCGCUAUCAGCGCGAAAUCGCUGUGGCGAUCUGCUGUUUAUUAUGCUUCAUUAUAGAUCUCUCCAUGGUUACACAGGGAGGGAUGUACGUCUUCCAGCUUUUUGACUACUACUCAGCCAGUGGAAUGACCCUACUGUGGCAAGCAUUCUGGGAAUGCGUGGUAGUCGCGUGGGUUUAUGGUGCUGACAGGUUCAUGGAUGAUAUUGCCCGUAUGAUCGGUUACCGGCCAUUCCCGUGGAUAAAGUGGUGCUGGUCCUUUAUAACUCCAUGUGUUUGCAUGGGUAUCUUCCUAUUUCAUCUGCUGAACUACAAGCCUCUGACCUACAACAAUGUGUAUGUGUACCCGUGGUGGGGAGAGGUGAUCGGAUGGUGUUUGGCUCUCUCCUCCAUGCUCUGUAUCCCCGUUAGCCUUGUGUACAAGCUCGCUGGAGCCAAGGGAACAUUCAGAGAGCGUUGGGAAAAUCUGACCAAACCAGUGUGGGGAGCCCAUCACCUCGAAUACAUGGCCCCUGACACUGACAUUAAAAGCCUGGCCUCUCUGUCUCCUGGAACGGAGGAGAACAAGGUGAUCAUUUUUGAGAGUGUUAUGUAGAUCAAAGGGAAAUGCUACGACAACCCUCCUAAGGCAAGCUGGUUGAAGAAAUCAUCAGUAUUUUUUUUUUCUUACAGUCUUAAAACAGCUGAUGGAAAUUGACGGUUACAUUUUGUUUCAUACAACAGAUCCUCUAGCAUGCACAUUACCAGAUGCUCUUCCUCUUCCACCUGUUGAAACUGCAAACUAUAUACAUGAUUUUUUUUUAUUAUAUGCAAAGUUUAUUGCAGAUAUCAAGACUUGCAGGGCGAAAUCAGCAUGUCUUUGGAGGGGACAGUAUAGUGUAGCCUAUAACAUUAUUUCACAGAGCAGCAGAAUUCCCACAGGCCACUUUCCUGAACGUGAUAUGGGUCUCUUUGCACUGAUACGAGGAUCAAAUCUGAGCAAGAAGCACAUGGAUAAAAUGAAGAAAGGGG